AUGGAGACUAACACAAGUCGGAUGGUUACCUUGAAUGGGUCCAAUUAUCAUGUGUGGAAAGGGAAGAUGGAAGAUCUCUUGUAUGUGAAGGAUUAUUAUUUGCCCGUGUUUACCGAUGAGAAGUCGUCGGAUAAAACCGAUAAAGAAUGGGAGCUUUGUCACCGUCAG